UCGCGGUCGCGGCGCUUCUUAUCUGAAAAAGCGGAGUAGAGGUGACGAAAGCUCAGAUUCUUGCUCAUCAGUCUUCUAUGCAAAUGGUUCACGCUUCGCACAUCAUUUCCCGGAAAAAUUAUCAAAGUAAGGGUGAAAAGAGAGAAAAACCGAUUUACCGAAUUAUUCUUCAAAGUCAUUCCGCUGCAAAAUGGAUUCAGUUCCAGGUGAAUUAUAACACCAUCAAGGAAAAAUGGAACUUUCAGGAGUUGAAGGCCAUGCUCAUACAGGAGGAAGGGAGAUUAAAGAAGGUGAAAGAACAUUCUGUCCAUCUUACAGUUCAAACCAAUGCCGGCAGCAAUAAAAGAAAACCAGGAAAGAAUGACAAAAGGAAGGAUAAGGCUCCAACAAAAGAUAAUGUGAGCCGAGUCCGGAAAGAAGUCAAGUGUUUUUUCUGUAAAAAGACUGGACACAUUAAGAAAGAUUGUCAGAAAAGGAAGGAAUGGUUCGAAAGUAAAGGGAUUCAGUAUGAUCCAAACCAUAAAAGGACCUGAACGGCAUGUGGUCAUGGGGAAUAAGAUGAAAGCACGGAUAGAAGGCAUUGGGACUUAUAUAUUGGUCUUAGACACCGGCUUUCACAUAGCUCUUGAAGGAUGUCUUUAUGUUCCUGAAUGUGCAAGAAAUCUUGUUUCUAUUGGAAAAUUAGACUUGAUGGGUUUUUCUGUUAAGUUCGGUUCUGGUAUUUUUCAAUUACAUAAACAUGAACACAUUUUCGGUUCUGGUAUUUUAAUGGAUGGUCUUUAUCGCUUUAAUCUUGAUAGAAAGUUUUCAGAAUCCUUGUUUAAUGUUGAAAAUAUUAUGGGCGUUAAACGUAGUGCACCUAACAAUGAAAGUUCGGCUUUAUUGUGGCAUCAAAGAUUAGGUCAUAUAUCCAAAGAAAGGUUAAUAAGAUUGGUGAAGAAUGAAAUUUUACCAUCUUUGGAUUUUAGUGACUUAGGAGUAUGUAU